GCUCACAUCAAAAUGGCCGCAUUUUAGUCUACAGACGAUUUUUCUUUACUGUUUGCCAAUAGCCGCAUAAAGGGCCUGGCAGUGUUCCCUUAAGUGGUAGAUCUGUUUCGCCGGAAAUUUCGCUGUUGAAUAAUCUGAAAAUUUUCGUGAAAUAGAACAAACUUCGGUUGUGCAUAAUUAUUAUACAUGAUGUUACGUCACCAACAUCACACAAUGCAAAACCAACUUCGAGAUCAUAAUAGGAUGGGUGGUCCGAUGCGUCCUAUGCAACAGGCAAAUAUGGCCCCUUUACAUCAGCCUCAGCAUCCGUUACCGCAUCGGAGUCCACAUCAACAAAUACUGUCCAUGCCCCCCCAUCAACAGCACAUUCAUCACAUGCAACACCCUGGACCACCACAUGGAAAUCCAAGGCAACCGAUGUUGAUGGGCAUGAAUGCACACAAUACGAAUGGCACCAUGGUUAGCGUCAGUCUAAAAGAACAAGCAAACACUGUCUCUGUGACUCUACAAAAUCCAAAUAUACAACCACCGCAGUAUCCACAACAACAAAAUAAUCAACGAAAUCCCCCGCCACCGCAGCAACACAUUCAACAACCGCAAAGCAUAGAAUCAAAUAAACCAACUUCAAACGAAACAAAUAGUGGAGAGUCCAGAGAUCAGAGUCCGCCUACUCAAAAUCACGUUAACGUGACUGAUUCAGCUUUGGCAAACAUGAAAGAAAAAACACCAAUGUGCUUAUUGAAUGAGUUAGCACGUUUUAAUAAGAUUCAACAUCAAUAUAGGUUGACUAAUGAACAAGGACCAGCGCACAAAAAACGAUUUACAGUAACGCUAAAAUUGGGAGAUGAGGAAUACGUUGCAGAGGGUCCUAGCAUAAAAAAAGCUCAGCAUAGUGCUGCUACUGAAGCAUUAACAAAAACCUGGUAUCAACGGCCUCCGCCGAAACCUACAAAGACAAUGCGAGUUGGGCAUCCAGGAAAAUGUUUUAGUGGUCCUGGAAAUCUACCACCAACUGUUGAAUUAAAUGCUUUGGCUAUGAAGAGAGGAGAAGCUACAAUUUAUACUUUUAGACAAGCUCCACCAGCAGGAUUCCAUCAAUAUGUUACAAAUAGCUUAGGACCCUUCCCACGAAUAUUUAAUCCACGUUAUACUCCGUUAUAUCUUGUAUCCUUAAGGGUAGGAGAACGUCAAUUUAUUGGUAAGGGUUUGACAGGUCAAGCAGCACGACAUGACGCAGCGAGUAAAGCUUUAGAACUAUUGCGCCUGUUGCCAUUACCAGAAGAAGUAGCUAAUACUUGUAAUGCUGGUGGGAAUGGUACAUUAAGUGAAGCUAAAGACUCGAUUGCAGAAUUGAAGAGUCCUGUAUCAUUAGUUCACGAGAAAGCAUUAAAACGUGGUCUACCUGUUAGUUUUGAAGUUGUGUCAGAAAUUGGUAAGCCUCAUAUUCGGACAUUUAGAACAAAAUGCACUGUUGGAGAUAAAGUUACAUUAGGAGAAGGAUCUUCAAAGAAAGUAUCAAAAAAACAUGCAGCAGAGUUCAUGUUAGAAGAACUCAAUCGUCUACCUCCGUUGCCCGAAACUAUACAAAAUCGCUUAGUUCGGGUAAAACGCAAACCACCGGCAGCAAAGAAGAAGUCGCGAAAUCUCAUAAAAGUUUAUCAAGAACCACGCUCAGAAUCUGACGCUGCAGAAGAAGUUAAUGCAGUUUCACGACUAGAUCAAAUACAACAAGCUAAGCGAGAAAAAGAACCUGUCUAUAAUUUGAUUGAAGAGAAGGGUGCACCAAGGCGAAAAGAAUUUGUCAUGGAGGUUACUACAGGACAGCAUUCUGCUCAAGGAAUAGGUCCUAAUAAAAAAUUAGCUAAAAGAGCUGCAGCAGAAGCCCUUUUAGCACAACUAGGUUAUAGUAAGCCCCAACCACAACCUACAAAACCAUCGAUUAAAACAGGAGAAAGUGAAAAUACCGAACAAAAACCUAGGAAAGUCACCUUUUUAGAAGAUGAGCAGAUCAAUGAAACUCAACCUCAUCCACCAGUAGGAGGAACUAUCGGACGUCAGUUAGUACCUGGACUUUUAUUAGUGGACGGAGGUCAGGAAUCUAAAUUAGGUAGCGGACCGAGUGUACAAAUUGUUGCUGAAGAACUACGUGGACAACAGCAACAAAAUCCACCCACUGUUUCCCCCAAAGAUCAAUUGAAAUAUCUUUCUCAACUAUUUAAUUUCAGCGUGGAAUUCAAUGAUUUUCCAAAGGGAGCAGUAAAUAAAGAAUAUCUAUCACUUGUAACAUUAAGUACAGAUCCACCACAAGUUUGUCAUGGUAAUGGGCCAACGAGAACUGCGAGCCGUAAUCAAGCAGCAUUGAAAGCUCUAUGUACUUUAAGUAAGCUGGGUCUCGAUAAUGCAUCCAACUCACAAACAAAAAAAGAUAAAGAUAACCUUUCGUAACGCGAAACCUUCCGAAUAAUUUAUAGGUCACUCGAGGACGAGUUAAUGAAUGUUCCUUUUUCUGAGAUAUCGCUUCAUAGGUGGGCCUUCCUUCUUCACGUGGGAUUCAGUGUUCCAAUUAAAAGAAACAAGAGAAAAGAGUCAUAAUAACCUCUUUCGCAUAGUUUUUUCAAUAAAAAAAGAAAAAGAAAGAGAAACAGAAACAUGAAUCCUACGAAAGUGUACCCCUGUUGCAAGACCUAUUUUAUCCGCGUAAAUUGUAAUACAAUAGUUAGUCGUAACAAUAAGUGAAUAAAGUAUUAAUUACUAAGAUGUAUGAAAUGGAAGUAUCUCGACAGAAUACGAAGAUAAACGUGAUUCCAAGAGAUAACGCGGAUGCAUUAGAAUAAAAGGUCACAUUCUAAAUACUUAUUUUACAAGUAACGCUUUUCUUUUAAAUCUGUAACUAUCGGACAGUUGUACUAUUGGCACAGAAGUCUAUAUACCUGAUUAUGAUUAAACUAUAAAUUAUUAUAUCGUAGUAACAUACGUACUUUGUUUUGUGUUUGAAUUUAUUGAUAAAUAAAUGCACAAAAAUUUCAAUUUUUUAGUAUUUUCAACAGUUACUGUUGAAUUUUCAACAAUUUACUGUUUGUCUUCGAAUAAUUAAAUGUUAAGUUUAUCUGAAUCGUGUACCGAUAGUUAAAGAA